UUAACUCUUAACUUUUAAGAACCAAAAUUGAAAAAGGGCUUGCAGCUGAGAAGAUGGUUUCCACUUUUUCCAGUAUAUUACUUUUCUGUUCAGAAAGCUGCUGCUGCUCUGUGUCGCACGGCUAAAGCCUUAAAGGGCUUUUGGGUUUUGCCAUUCCGUGGCGUUUGAACCAAAUCUUAAGCCCCUUAUGGCUAAUGGCUUGCGAACCUGGGUUUCUCAGAAAGCAGCUUGCUGUUGCUGUCAAGAGCAUCCAGUGGAGCUAUGCGAUUUUCUGGUCACCGUCGUCUAGGCAACAUGGGGUGCUGGAAUGGUGUGAUGGCUACUACAAUGGAGACAUCAAGACGAGGAAAACAGUUCAAGCUGAGGAUGUCCACGUCGAUAAUAUGGGCUUACACAGAAGUGAACAGUUGAGAGAGCUCUACAGAUCUCUCUUAGAAGGUGAAAGUGAACAACGAACAAAGAAGCCUCCUGCCUCUUUGUCUCCUGAAGAUCUAUCUGAUGCAGAAUGGUAUUACUUGGUUUGCAUGUCCUUUUUCUUCAAUCAAGGCCAAGGGUUGCCUGGAAGAGCGUUAGCUGAUGAUCGAACUAUCUGGUUAUGCAAUGCUCAAUAUGCAGAGAGUACUGUAUUCUCCCGUUCCUUGCUUGCAAAGAGUGCAUCAAUUCAGACUGUGGUUUGCUUUCCUUACCUUGGCGGUGUUAUAGAACUAGGUGUAACUGAGCAGGUUUCGGAGGAUCCUAGUCUUCUUCAACACGUCAAAGAUUUUUUACUGAAGUUCUCAAAGCCAAUAUGCUCUAAGAAACCUUCUUCCGCUGCUUAUAAAGAUGAUAAUGGUAAAGAACCAAUGACUGCCAAAUCUGACAAUGAGAUUGUUGAAGUUUUGGCAAUGGAGAAUCUCUACUGCUCAACAGCCGUGAAAUUUGACGGGAAGUCAGUAAAUGGGAUUCAAAGGAAAAACAAUGAGUUUGGCAUUGAUUCUCUAGAUGAUUUUUCAAAUGGUUGUGAACAAUAUCACCCAAUGGAAGAUACUUUAAGACUUGAAGGUGCCGAGGGAGGGGCCUCUCGUUUCCAGAGUUUGCAGUUUCUAGAUGAUGACUUCAGUUACGGUUUUCAAGAUUCCAUGAAUCCUAGUGACUGUAUUUCCGAAGCUUUGGCAAAUCAGGAGAAAGUCUCAUCUUCUCCAAGAUUGAAAGAUGCCAACAAUUUACCUUUGAAAGAACAUCAAAACCCGAAUCACACUCAAUCAGGUUCCUUAGAUCCCAGUUCUGACGAAGACAUGCACUACAAGAGAACUAUCUUCACCAUUUUGGGAAGUUCAACUCAAUUGGUUGGAAGUCCCCUUCUCCAUAAUUUCUCAAACAGGUCUAAUUUCAUACCAUGGAAGAAAGUAGUGGCUGAGACACAUACGCCCCCCAUGCAACAAAGAAUGUUAAAGAAGAUUUUGUUUGCAGUUCCAUUAUUGUCAGCUGGUUCUCUAAAAGGCCUCAAGGAUGAGGAACAAUCGAUCUUGAAACAGGGUAACAACGACUCCUGCACGAAAAAUGCCACACUUGACAAAUUAAAAGAAAAUGAAAAAUUUAUGGCCCUUAAGUCGAUGUUACCUUCACUUAAUGAGAUCAACAAAGUAUCGAUACUCAACGAUACAAUCAAAUAUCUGAAGAUGCUUGAAGCAAGAGUACAGGAGUUAGAAACUUGCAUGGAUUCGUUAUAUUAUGAAGAAAGAUUCAGAAGGAAAUAUCUUGACAUGGUGGAGCAGACUUCAGAUAACUAUGACUAUGAGAAGAUUGAAGGCAGCUUAAAACCUUCAACGAACAAGAGAAAAGCCUGUGAAAUGGAUGAAACUGACCUGAAGCUGAAGAAUGAUUUUCCCAAAGUUGGACGUAAGCUAGAUGUGAAAGUCAGCAUGGAAGAGCAUGAAGUUCUCGUUGACAUGCACUGUCCAUAUCGAGAAUAUAUAUUGGUCGAUGUCAUGGAUGCUUUGAACGAUUUGCAACUGGAUGCCUACUCGGUUCAAUCUUCUGAUCACAAUGGUCUUUUCUCCUUGACCCUCAAAUCUAAGUUUCGAGGGAUGGCGGCUGCAUCAGUUGGGAUGAUCAAACUAGCACUUUUGAAAGUUGUCAACAAGAGCUGAGAUAUGAGAAAACAGCUUAAAAUAUGUAGUGAGACAUUUUCUGCAAGUCAGUAAGAGUACAAAUGAGUAGAGAGAAAUGGCAAUUAGGAGAAGAAAAAUAAUCUGACAUUCUAGUUCUAACAUCCUCCCCUAGGAGCUUACAGAUUAGGCAAAGCUCAAAAUCAACUGAUAAAGACUGACUUGUUAGCCUUUUUAGUCAUAAAUAUUUGAUAAUUUACUGUUGCUGAUUGCUACCCACAAUCAAGUUACCCUGUUUCAAUCA